AUGAAAAAUGUUUUAAGAAUAUUUAGAUAUACAUUUAUUCUUAUACAUUUUUUUACAAUAUGUAAUAGCUUAAAAAGAGAAUGUAAAAAUAGAUCGAAUAAAUUAAAUAAUAAUUUUUAUGAAGAAUGCCUACAUAAAUAUAAAAAAGUAAAUGUAAGAAAUUUUUUUUAUAUAGAGAAUAAAAAAAAUAAAUUAAAAAAAAUAUGGGAUAAUUUAACGAAAAGAUAUUUUAGAUACUGUGUAUCCAACACGAAUUCCAUUAACAAAAAUGAAGAUUUAAUUAAAAAAACUUUCAAUAAUUUUAAUAUAAAAAAUGAUUGUGAAAUAAUUAAUAAUGCUAUAAUAAAUAACAGUAGUUUAAUUAAUGAAAAAAUAUUUGCAAAAUUAUUAAAAGAUAAUAACAUUGUAACUAUUAAAUAUAAAGAUAUUAAUGCAAUAAUAAAAAUUAUAAAUGAAUAUUAUACCAAGACAAAACAUUUUUUUUCUGAAGUUAGUAAAUAUGAAAUUAAAAAAGAAGAAAAUAAAAACAUUUUAAUUAUAUAUGUGAAUGAAUUAAUUUUGAAAGAAAAUUCUAUUAAAAUUAAUAUUUAUGAAAUAACAAAAAAAAGAGAUGAGUCUGGAACAUUAAAAAAAAAAGAUGUGCUUGAUCCAAUAGAAAAUGAAAUAGAUACAAAUGAUAAAAAAAUUCUCUUUGAAAGAAGAGAUUUAAUAAAUAAAGAUAUAAUAAAUUAUGAAUUAAAGAGAAAAGAUAAAGCAAAUGAUAAGUUAAAAAAAUUUUUUAAAAAAAAAAUGAACAUAAAAGAAAAUAAUAUUUUUAUGUGGGAUGAACAUAUUUAUAACUUAAUAUUAAAAUCUGGUAUAUUUAAUUAUAUAAAUACAAAAUUGUAUUUUGAUAAAACGUAUAAUAAAAAUAUAUUAGAAAUAAAUCUAAUUGAAAACAAAAAAGUUAUUCUUAUUCCAAGUAUUUCUAAAAGUUUCAAUUCUUUUUUAGAAUUUUGCUUAAAUCUAUCUCUUGUAAAUUUACAUAUGUUUAAGUAUUCAGAUAAAAUGAAAAUGAAAUUUUUUCAAAACUUGAAUUAUAAAAAUAAUAAACAUAAUUAUGAUUUUGUUUAUUUAAAUGAUGUAGUUGAAAUAGAAAAAUUAAAAAACAAUUACCCAACUUUUUUCAUAUACGGUUUCAGUUUGAAUAAAAAUUACAAAAACGAAUUAGAACAUUCUUCUUUAAAUAAAUUUAUGAAUUUUAUAAAUAAUGAAAAUGAAAAUAAAUUAAAUAUAAAUGGUCAGGGAGUAAAAGAAGAUCUUAAUUUUGACUCAAAAUGUUCUGUUUACGUAAGAGAUAUUUAUAAUUAUUUAUAUAAAAAAAAACUAUUCAUCUUUUUUAUUAAAAAAAUUAAUAAUGUUAUUUUUGAAUUAAAAAUGAAAAUAAAAAAAAAUAUACUUCAUAAUUUUUUUUAUUUUUUAAAAUCAGAAAAGAAAAACAAUGUAACCAAUAAUUCUAGUAUAAAAAAUAAAUUAAAAAACAUUUUCUUAUUAAAAUAUUUCAAAUUUUUCAAAGAUGAAAAUUAUAUUUUAUUUAAUAAAUUAUAUAAUAUCUAUAUGUCUAAAUUCAAGUUCUCCUAUUCUUUAGAUAUAUAUAGUCAAAAUUUUUUUGAAAAAUAUAAUUUCUUAAAAAGAUAUUUUAAUGUAAAAAAUAAAAUGGAUUUGAUAUUUUAUUUUAACAGCAAUAAAAACUUUUAUUUGAAAAAUAGUAAUAAUGGAAGUAGUAAUGAUAACAAUGAUGUUCAAAUAAAAUUAUUAUCUUUUUUAAAAAACAUUAAUAAAAAAGGGUACAUUUUAGAUAAAAUAAAUAAUGUUUACUUAAAUUACACUAUUUAUUUUUGUCAAAAUUAUAGAAUAAAAUUAUCAGAUUUUUUUCAUAUGAUACAAAAAAUAAAAAAUAAUAAUAAUAAUAAAAAAGAAAAAACAUUAUCUAAUGUAGAAUCGUUUUAUUAUAUUCCUUUAUAUAUAUGUAAAAUACCACUAAAUAAAAUUCAUCUUUUGUUGAACUUUGAGUUUUCCUUAAAAAAGAAUAUAUGGAAAUAUAUAAAAGAUUAUGAGAAAAAUAAUAAAGAAGAAAAAAAGGAGUAUAACAAUGAAAAUACAUUCAAUGUUCAUAGAAAAAAAAAUGAAGAUAAUUCAAUAAAUAAUAAGGAACAUAUACAGCAUAUAAAGGUAUAUGAUAAUACAUCAAAAAAUGAUUUAAUUUAUGAUAUAAACAAUAUUAAUUUAAAUGCAGGGAAGAAAGAAAAUAUGAAUAAAAUGAAAUUUGCGCUAAAUUAUAAGUUAAUAUUUCCAUUACUAUUUAAUAAUAAUUUUUUAAAUUUGUUAAACAUAAGAUUUUAUUUUUUUAUUAAUUAUAAAAUGACUGAUGAAAAACAAAAUAAAAAGUAUUCAUUAAAUAAAGAUGAACAUUUUAAUUCUUAUGAUUUUUUUAAGUUACAUUACUUAAAAAUAAAAAAAAAAGAUCCCAAUUCCUCUUACGGUUUAGGUGCUCUUUUAUCUAAUAUUAACAUUUUCCUAAGUUUUAAAUUUAAUAAUAAAUUUAUGUUACCUUCUUUUAUUUUACAAUUCAAUCAAGAUCAUUCAAAAUUUAAAUAUUUGUUAUAA